CUCUCGCGGCUUCCGGCGGCGGCGGGAGGUUCCGGCGCGCGCCCGGGGCGGCGGCGCGCGGCGGGCUGUUGGGUGCGUGCCGGCCGGAGUGGACGCCGCCGCGGCCGCCAUGCAGCUGACGGUGAAGGCGCUCCAGGGCCGCGAGUGCAGCCUGCAGGUGUCGGAGGACGAGCUCGUGUCCACGCUGAAACAUCUGGUCUCCGAGAAACUGAACGUCCCGGUGCGCCAGCAGCGGCUGCUGUUCAAGGGCAAGGCCCUGGCAGAUGGGAAGAGACUCUCCGAUUACAGCAUUGGGCCCAAUUCCAAGCUCAACCUAGUGGUCAGACCUCUGGAGAAGGUGUUACUGGAAGAAAGCACUACCCGGAGACUGGCUGAGACCCCGGCCCCACCCCCACCUGCCUGGCAGCUGAUCUCCAAAGUCUUGGCCCGCCACUUCAGCGCUGCAGAUGCCAGCAGAGUCCUGGAUCAACUGCAGAGGGAUUACGAGAGGUCCUUGAGCCGCCUGACUCUGGAUGACAUCGAACGCUUGGCUAGCCGCUUCCUGCACCCUGAAGUGACUGAAGCUAUGGAGAAGGGGUUCUCCUAAGAGGAUUCUUGGAGUGUGGGGAGGAGUGCAGCCAGGCUGCAAGCUGCAUGUAGCAUUAAAUGUGUUCUCAUGUUGCAAUUUGGCUCACAAUAAUACUAGCUGGCAGGUGUCCGGACCCGGCUCUCGCUAGGUGCCAGGCACCUCGCACAGAAGGUGGGACAGCCGAGGCUCCUGGCAGUGAAGUGAGAGAGCCAGAACCUGAGUCCAGCCAGCUUCUAGAAGUGCCUCAGGGUAAGAAGGAGAGAGGGGCUGUUUGGAAGGGCUCCGAGGGAUGGGCUCUGGCAUUUCAUGUUUAGCCCACUGAGAAUAAACCCUCAAGUGACUCCUUUCCAGGCCUGAAAGGGGAAGCAGCUGGCCCCUGCUGCCCAGUCCUGUCACCUGACAGGUGGUCCAGCAUUGGUGGGAGGCCAGGUGACAGCCAGCCCCGAGGCCCCUCAGCUGCUGCAGCCAGAGUGCACUCGACGAGAGACAAGCAGGUUGGGGAAUCGGGGAUGAACGCCCAGCUCUGUAGUGUGACUUCAAGCAAGUCCCUGUGCCAUGUUGGUCCCCAGCUGUUAGCUCUGCACAAUGAGGGCCGGUCCUUAAACCUCAGUCAAUUUCCUUCAUCCUUACCCCAGCACCAGGGUGAGGAGUCGGCAGCCAUCCUCCCCGUCAUGUUCCAUAAACAAACUGAGGCCAAAAGUGGAGUAAUGGCCAAACAUGGCCCAGAGAUGAGGUGUCCCAGCCCUUAGUGUCACAGCUGUUGUCUAGGCACCCUCUCUGCUUGUCUCCUCCUGGACAUGGGCAGUUCUCACCCCCUAGGAAUGACAGGUGACUGGCUUGAGGUCACUCAAGGCAGUGCCAGAGCUAGGCCUCGACGAGGCCCCUGUACCCUGUGCUCACCCACAGCGUGGAAGGGCCCCUUCCCCUGCCAUGUGUGUACAAGGGCUUCCACUUUGCACACCCCUCACUGGCUGAGAGGAGACCUCAGGGUGCUGGGGAGGGAGAAGAAGCAUGGGCUGGUGGUAGUGGUCCUCCCACCCUGCCUGGUGUGGGCACUAGAGAUCAUCUGGGCACCUGCUCCUUAGAGGAGGGCAUCUGGGAUGGCCAAGGCAGGAAGGAAGCUGCCCUCCUGCCUGGGCCUUGUUGGGUGAACACUGGGUCCCCAGGAUGGGAAGACAAACAGAGGCCUAAGGGGCGAAGGCUUUGAAGAGUCCACAGAAGCCCCUGGCCCCACCUGAGAGCCGAGAAUAGAAAACAGGGCCUGCUUAGGAGCCUGUGUGGUCUGGCAGCUCAUGUGACUUACCAAUGCUCUCAUUUAUUUUGAGUCAGGAAGUUUAUGUUGAAAUUUUAAAUCGCACUAAAGGUGAAUAUGAGACCUUGACUUUUAUCCAAAAGGAACUAUAUUAGCUAGGCUGCUUUUGGUUUCCAAUAAUUGGUUUAACCAUAGAGGAAGUUGGUUUAAACAAUAAAGGAAACUUACUGGUUUACGAAGCUGAGAAGUCCAGCGGUAUUGGCAGCAGAUGAACAAUUUCACCAAAUACCCAGUUUCUUCCUACCUCCCUUCUGCACUCUGCAGUGUCUGCUUCAUCCCAGGCUGCCGCCUCAGGAUCAAAAGAUGGCUGCCUGAAGAUUCCACUGAAUCCCUCGUUCACAGCCAGCAAGGAGCACCUACUUGCCCUGUAGUGUAGCUUUUUUCUCAGAUGCCCCUGACAAAUAAACAGUCCUUUCGUUGGUCAGAA